CCCCACUCAUUGUCGCUCUGCUCCUGAGCCAUUAUCAGCCGCAACUGGAAAUUGCUUGAUAGAUGGCUUGCUCACUCAAACAGCAAAAUGGAAGGCGACAAGAAGCGCUCCUUCCGCCUGCAUGAGCGGCCAAGGUCUCUGCUUUCCAAAUUGUUCAAGCGAAGUGAAAGCAAUCGGUCGAAAUCCUCUGCAGGGACUUCUUCUUCGCUGCCCCUUUCUCUCGAAGAGACACGAGCGGACAAAGUCGGUUUGCCCCAGAGCAGUAACGAUACCUCGAAGUCAGCAGCGGCGGCACCAGACGACUCUAUCCCCGAUGUAUCUGGCCAUUCCAUGUGGGAAGAUGCCAUCGCCAAGGUCGUGAACUCGAAUGAGGAUCCCAAAUUGGUCGCAAUUGUGAAGGAGUUAAACACCGCAAGUGCUCUUUCGCCCAAUGACACCGUUAGUACCAUAGCGACAAUGGUCAAACGAGAUUUGGAGCGGGAAGUCGAAAGCCAACGUUCAGCACAAGGCUUUGUCAGAGAAUCCGUUGAGCAGACUGUGUCCAUCAUCAACAAGUUCCUAGCAGUUGGAGACGUUGCUGCCAGCUUUGAUCCCGUUCACGCUGCUCUUCCCUGGGCUGCCGUUCGCUUUGUGCUUGUUGCGUUGGUUUCAUACAGAGAGCUCAAGAGCCAGCUACUUGGCGGCAUCGCAGCCACGACCUCACUUGUUUUACAAUGUGAAUCGUAUCGGACUUUGUAUAUGGAUCCCGAACCAGCUCUCCGCCCCCCAGAGUACGCCCUCUCCGAGCUGAAGGGCUGCAUCACCGAGGCAUACUAUAAUUCGUUGAUGUUGCUCAGCUUUGCCGUUUGCUAUCUACGGGAUCCAGCUAGGCAUCUUAAGGCCGUGUUUAAGCUCGAAGACAUGGAAGGUCACGUCAAGAAUGUUUUGGAUAGGGGUAGAGAGCUGGAUCAUGCCGCCAACUUAUGCGAAAGGUAUUGCAACCUUGAGAGCAGGGGCAGAAUUGCGCUGCUUCAUGAGAUUGCUCAAAGCUCGUAUGAGACUCUUGAGGUGUUGCGAGGCCAAAGAUCCCUUCUUCUUGACAUUCAUCAGGAGCUGGUACUUUCAAAGUUGCGCAUCGCGAAAACCGCUGCAUUCGAUCACUUUGACAGAAACUCUGAACCGGAAUGCCAUCCAGAGACAAGAGCCGCCCUUUUGCGGGACAUGAUGCGCUGGGUGUGGGACCGCGAGGGCGACUCUAUCUUUUGGCUCCAAGGCAUGGCGGGCACUGGCAAGUCAACAUUAUCCCGAACAUUCGCUCGCAAACUCCAGAAGAAGGGAUUGCUUGGCGCUAGCUUCUUUUUCAAGAGAGGUGAUGGCGACCGCGGAAUGGCAAGGAUGUUCUUUCCUACCAUUGCUUCUCAGCUUGCCAUGCAAUUACCCGCUUUGGCUCGGUCCUUGAAAUCUGCCCUCGAAAGAGAGCCUGAUGUUGGCGAGAAGUCAAUGGAAGUGCAGUUUGAGAAACUUAUACUCCAGCCUUUGCAGGGCAUCACAGUUGGCCGUUCAAAAUUUACAGCCUUCAUAAUCAUCAUUGACGCUCUCGAUGAGUGUGACCCCGAAUCCGAUGCCACAACUAUCAUACGUCUCCUUCCUCGGCUAAAGCAAUUACCAUUUGUUCAACUCAAAUUCUUUGUCACGAGUCGGCCGGAGUUUCCCAUUCUACUGGAAUUUGAUAAAAUCAAAGGGACAUACGAGCAGCUGGUGUUGCACCAUGUAAAGGAAGACAUCAUGACACAUGACUUGAAAGUUUACUUUGAGUCUGAACUCGGAAGGAUCAGGGAUGACUACAAUAGGCUACAGUCACCAGAUGAUCAGUUACUCUCGGACUGGCCAGGACAGCGCAGGAUUGAACUUCUGGUUCAGCUUGCCGUCCCGCUGUUCAUCUUUGCAAAGACAGUUUGUCUGUUCAUUGCAAAUUAUGCCUACAGUGAUCCAGAAGAGCAGCUUCAAAGGGUUCUGGAGGUUCAGAAGGUGGACCAUGCUUCUCAGCUUCACCGAACCUACCUUUUCGUCCUUAACCGCCUUCUCUUGAAGCGUUCCGACUUUGGACUCGUAGAAUGCGACGCAGAAGAGAAAGAGGAAAUAUUGGACAACUUUCGCCAGAUUGUUGGUUCGUUGGUCCUCUUAGAAUAUCCUCUCUCUGUCGAUUCGCUUUCUCAGUUACUGAAGAUCCCGAAAAAAAACAUCAGGAACAUGCUCAAUUUGCUUCAUUCCGUCCUCGACGUCCCAGGGCUCGAUAAACCGACCGCGCCGGUCAGGAUCCUUCACUUAUCCUUUCGAGACUUUCUUACUGAUCCCAAGAAUCAGACCAAGAACCCCUUUUGGGUCGACGAAAUGAACGCAAACGCUGUACUGGCGACCAGAUGUAUGGACCUGUUAAUGGAAGAUGGUAUCAUAUACGAAGGCAUGCACAAAGGACCUUCGGAUUAUCAUAACGUUGAUGAAGAGUGCAUCCAAUUGUCUUUCAAAGUUCCUCCUGCUCUGUGGGAAGAGGUGGGCGAGUUUGAGUACCACCAGGAAAUCAUGGCCAAAGUACCUCCUUAUAUUCAAUAUGCAUGCCUAAAAUGGCCAUACCAUGUUAACCGCAGCGGCCCAACCACUUACAACAAACUUCAAGCUCUUGAGUUUAUUGAAAAGAAGUCCAAGUCGUGGAUUGACGCUCUUCUUUGCAUGCGUCGACAGGACGAUGCCUACAGUCUCUUGAACAUGCUACUGAAUAAUGACAGGUUUCGUAGUGAGGUAAUGUUACACAAGCUUGCAGUGGAGUAA